AUGAGGAAGAGGUGCGGCGGGGACGCGUGGCGACCAGAAGGGGAGUGGGUGAAGUGGCCACGCUCCCGCUCCUUGUUCCCGGCGCCGCGGCGAAGCUUCUGCUGCUCGGACCCCGCAGGGACCAUCACUCGUCCCCGUCUGGCCACUAACGGCUACAACCAGCACAACGACGAUGCCUCCAGCAGCAGCGGCGGCUCCACCAAAUCCGGCGCUCCCUCUUACAUGGAGACUCUUCUUUCCUGCUUGGAAUCUCAGGUGGAGGAUGAUUGGAUGUUGCACAAGAAAAGGUCAAACAGGAAGAAGCCGGGACCUGUGCCUGGUGUCAAACGUUCACCGUCCAACAGUUCAGUCAACAGUCUGAGUAGCUACAUCAGCAACGUCAGCAACUCCUCCAAGCACUCUCAGCGCUCUCUGCACCUCGGCAGCAGCAACGGCUGGCAGGAGCCCGUCGGUUUGGCGUACUUUGAAUCGUUCUCUCCCCUUGCCAAGCUGUGGGGCUGGAUCUCGCUGCUGUCUCCAGGUUGCACAAGAAAAGGUCAAACAGCAAGAGGCCGGGACCUGUGCCUGGUGUCAAACGUUCACCGUCCAACAGUUCAGUCAACAGUCUGAGUAGCUACAUCAGCAACGUC